UGCUGCUGUGAAGUUGUAGUUAGUGAAGUUAGUUUGUCUCCAGGUUAGUCUGAUGACCACAGCUCACUGAGGCUGUCUGACGGAGAGAUGAGCGCACAGACGGGACACCAGGACUUCUCGGGACACAUGUUGGACCUGGACGAGGACGAGGACCUGGAGGUUUUCACCAAGAACACUUCCCUGGCAGAUGGAAGCUCCAUGCCAAACUCUCCCAGCUCCAUGGUCAACCACUACAGACUGGAGGAGGAGGAGGAGCAGCAGGACACCAAAGACCUCUUCAUCACUGUUGAUAACCCAGAGAGCCACGUCACCGCCAUCGAGACCUUCAUCAUGUAUCGAGUCGUCACCAAGACCACGAGGAGCGAGUUUGACUCCAGUGAGUACGAGGUCCGCCGGCGCUACCAGGACUUCAUCUGGCUCCGAGGCAGACUGGAAGAAAAUCACCCGACACUCAUCGUCCACCCGCUGCCUGAGAAGUUUGUGAUGAAAGGCAUGGUGGAGCGCUUCAACGACGACUUCAUCGAGACCAGGAGGAAAGCUCUGCACCGCUUCCUCAACAAGAUCUCAGUGCAUCCUAUUCUGUCUUACAGCCAGCACUUCAAAGUCUUCCUCACUGCUCAGGAGCUGGUGUCCCAUAAGAAGCAGGGUCCAGGCUUCCUGAGCAGGAUGGGGGAGACGGUGAGGGCGGUGGCUAACUCGGUACGAGGCCUGAGGAGCCGUCCGGAGGAGUUCAGCCUGAUGCAGGAGUACGUGGAGGACUUCAGCACCAAGAUCUGCUCUGUGGACAAAGUCACCCAGAGGAUCAUCAAGGAACAGAGAGAGUAUCUGGAUGAGCUGAAGCAGUGCGGGCCCACCUACAGCCAGUGGGCGGGCUCUGAGGAGGAGCUGGCGGAGCCCCUGCAGGGCGUGGCCGGCUGUGUGGAGCGCUGCAGUAAGGAAACAGAAGAGCAGAUCCACCAUCUGUCUGACGUCCUGGUCCCCGCCCUGCACGAGUACGUCCUCUGUGCCGAGACCCUGAAGGCUGUGAUGAGACGGAGAGACAACAUCCAGGCCGAGUUUGAAGCCAAGAACGAAGCGCUGGCCUCCAGGAAAGUCGACCAGGAAGCACUGCAGGAGGAGGUUGAUGGUCUGGCCGACCGGGUGGAGCUCUCCAACAACGCCUUGAGAGGAGACUGGUCCCGCUGGCAGAGCAGCAUGAGAACUGACCUCAAAUCAGCCUUUCUGUCCACCGCUGAGAAGAACCUGGAGUACUACGAGAAGUGCCUGGCUGUGUGGGAAUCGUUCCUCCUGUCUCAGAGAGCAGAACCCAGCGAGCACAAAGACGAGGAAGAUGCCUCGUAGAGUGGAGAAACAUCUCUCCAGCAGACUGUCUUCUGUCAACACAUCCAAAUCUACACUUUGAACUUCAUGUCCACACGUGCAAACAUGCAAAAUGUACGAAACAAGCACACUCUGCCUCUCUCUCUCUCUCUCUCUCUCUCUCUCUCUUAUGGAAGUAAAUCUGUGUCAUCGGAGUUUGAAAUAAAAAAGACGUUGAAUUUCUAGCACUGAAUAUUUCUGCAUUGAAAUUAUGUAUCUGAAUGUUUUUCAGCGUUAAAAUUGAACCGCAAAAAAUUAAACCGCAAAAAAUUCAACUGCAAAAAAUUCAACCUAAAAAUUUGCGUUUUAAUUUUUUGAGGUUGAAUUUUUUUUGCAGUUGAAUUUUUUGCGGUUGAAUUUCUAGCCCAUGCAUUGAAAUUAUGUAUCUGAAUGUUUUGCAACGUUAAAAAUUCAACCUCAAAAACUUCAACCGCAAAAAAUUAAAACGCAAAUUUUUAGGUUGAAUUUU